AUGGGAGGGAGCUGUGUUCAGAGGCGCCCCGCCGGCAGGCUGCAGGUACUGUUUCCCUUCCUGCUACCUUUGUUCUACCCCACACUCUGCGAGCCAAUCCGCUACUCCAUUCCCGAGGAACUGGCCAAGGGCUCGGUGGUGGGGAAUCUCGCCAAGGAUCUCGGGCUCAGCGUCCUGGAUGUGUCGGCUCGGAAGCUGCGAGUUAGCACAGAGAAGCUGCUCUUCAACAGAAACAAUACCGUAAACAGGGAGAAUGGCAACAUACUUGUCAGUGACAGAAUAGAUAGGGAGUCGCUCUGUCCCCAAAGCACUCUGUGUGUUGUGCCCCUAGAGAUUGUGGCAGAGAAUCCUCUAAAUGUUUUUCAUAUAAUGGUGAGGAUAGAAGAUAUAAAUGACAAUCCACCGUAUUUCCCCCAAAAUAGCAUUGUUUUACAAAUCAAUGAACUUGCAAUUCUAGGAACUCGGUUUGGUCUGGAAUCUGCUAUAGAUGCAGAUGUAGGACCUAACUCUCUCCAGAGUUAUCAACUCAGCUAUAAUGAGUAUUUCUCUCUGAUGGUGAAGGAUAAGAUUGAAGGCAAGAAUGCCCCAGAAUUAAUAUUGGAGAAGCCCCUGGACCGGGAACACCAGAGCUCCCAUUUUCUAGUCCUGACUGCAGUGGAUGGGGGUGACCCAGUCCGAAGUGGCACCAUUCAAAUCAGGAUUGAGGUCACUGAUGCCAACGAUAACCCCCCAGUGUUCAGUCAGGAUGUGUACAAAGUUAGCCUUCCAGAGAACUUGCCCUUGGGCACCUCUGUGCUAAAGGUGACAGCCAUCGACCAGGAUGAGGGCAUCAAUGCAGAGAUCACCUACUCCUUCAAAACACUAAGAGAUAUUGGAAAUGUGUUUAUGCUAGACCAUCAAAAUGGAGAAAUUAAAUCCAAAGGUCCUAUAGACUUCGAAAUCAGGAGUAGUUAUACCAUGAGCAUAGAAGCCAAGGAUGGUGGAGGCAUGGCCACUGAAUGUAAAAUUAUAAUAGAAAUUUUAGAUGAGAAUGACAAUGCCCCAGAGGUUAUUUUCACUUCAGUGUCUAAUUCCAUAACCGAGGACGCAGAACAUGGGAUGGUGAUUGCUCUGUUCAAAACACAUGACAAAGAUUUGGGCGAAAAUGGAGAGGUCACAUGCCUCAUAAAAGAAACAGUUCCUUUCAGAAUUGAAUCUUCUGCCAAUAAUUACUACAAGCUUGUAACAGAUGGGUCCUUGGACCGGGAGAAGACCCCUUCAUACAAUGUCACCAUCACAGCCACUGACAGGGGAAAGCCACCCCUUUCCUCCAGCUCAAGCAUCACUCUGCACAUCGCAGAUGUCAACGACAAUGCUCCAGUUUUUGAACAGGCUUUCUAUUUGGUCCACAUUGCCGAGAACAACCCUCCGGGUGCCUCCAUUGCACAAGUCAGCGCCUCCGACCCCGACCUGGGGCCCAACGGUCGCGUCUCCUACUCCAUCGUGAACAGCGACCUGGAGCCACGCGCGCUGGCGUCCUACGUGUCCGUGAGCGCGCAGAGCGGGGUGGUGUUCGCGCAGCGCGCCUUCGACCACGAGCAGCUGCGCGCCUUCGAGCUGACCCUGCAGGCCCGCGACCAGGGCUCGCCCGCGCUCAGCGCCAACGUGAGCCUGCGCGUGUUGGUGGGCGACCGCAACGACAACGCGCCCCGGGUGCUGUACCCGGCGCUGGGGCCCGACGGCUCGGCGCUCUUCGACACGGUGCCGCGCGCCGCGCAGCCCGGCUACCUGGUCACCAAGGUGGUGGCGGUGGACGCCGACUCGGGACACAACGCCUGGCUGUCGUACCACUUGCUGCAGGCCAGCGAGCCGGGACUCUUCAGCCUGGGGCUGCGCACGGGCGAGGUGCGCACGGCGCGCGCUUUGGGCGACAGGGACGCGGCCCGCCAGCGCCUGCUGGUCGCUGUACGGGAUGGGGGACAACCGCCCCUCUCGGCCACAGCCACGCUGCUCCUGGUUUUCGCCGACAGCCUACAAGAAGUGCUGCCAGAUGUCAGCGACCGCCCGGCGCCCUCUGACCCCCAGGCUGAACUGCAGUUUUACCUAGUGGUGACUUUGGCCUUGAUCUCGGUGCUCUUCCUCCUCGCGGUGAUUCUGGCUGUUGCCCUGCGCCUGGGACGCUCCUCCCGCCCCGCUGCCUGGACCUGCUUUCAGCCUGGUCUCUGUUAUAAGACUGGACCAGGGGUUUCUCCCAACUACAGCCGGGGAACUUUGCCUUAUUCCUACAAUAUGCACCUGAAGCACAAAGCCCAGAUAGAAACUAACCAUCUCCGGAACUGUGAAGAAACUGCUGGAUUCUGA